UACUCUGUUAUUAUUUUCCCCUGAACAAAAUUGAGAACAAAACCUCCUCCUUAAACCCUUCCUUGUUUACAGACAGACAGCUUCGUUCGUGAGAUCGGUCGAUGAUGGCAUUGAGACGUCUACAAAACGCUCGAAAUCUUUAUCAAACACUGGAGAUUCGAAAACCGUUUGGAAACUGGAGGACCUACUCGAAUGUUGCAGAGGAAGGUCACAAGGUGGUUAGCGGAAGAAACUGCUAUUGCUUCUACAAGGGCUCCGAUUGUCAUCCUUUCACUCGUGGUGAUAAUAAAAUACUUCGUACUGCAGCGGUUGCUGAAUUAUCAAGUUUUCUAAAUGGGUCACGAAGCUUAUCUACACAAGUUAAAGCCCCUGCCCAGGCACGGCAAAUGGGGGCUUUGAAAGUUGCCAUGCUUAGUCCUGGAAUCAUAUAUGAGCCAUAUGGUCCCCGUGAGCCCAUCUCUUUUUUGCGAAGGUGGUUUACAAGAAAUGGAUGGAGAAGAACAAAAGAUGACAUCUUUCUAGAGCUAAAGAAUGCCUAUGCUAUUGCCAAAUUGCGAAAAUCUGGUUACUCAAAAGCAAAAUUCUACACCGAGGCUGUAAACUUAUAUAAAGAGAUAAACAUGUUAAUGGCUCUUGGUGACAAAACGUCGCUGCGAAAAAUGGUUACCGAGCAAAUGUACUCUGCACUCAAAAGUGAAAUUAAGCUAAGAGAAUCUAGAUGGAGUAGUGUUUACUGGGAACUGAUAGAGCCAGUCAUUAAAAUUCGAACUCUACGCGCUCGAAUGAUUGGAGUUGACAAAGAUGACCUGAGUAAAGUAUUCAUACAGCUCACGCUUGAGUUUCUCUCUAAACAGAAGUUCGAGGCCUAUGAUGCAAAAGGGGCGGUGGUUGCUGGAAACAAAGAUAAGGAGGUUCUCGUUCGUGAUAUAUGGGUUUUUGAAAAGUCUCAGUUUCACCCGGGUGCUUAUUGGCGUCUCUGUGGCAGAAUUCCUGUAAAACCAGGUGAUAAAUAGCUAAACUUUAAUCGUUUUCUGCCAGACCCCAAGUCCUAUGUAAUACGUGCUUUAGGCACCGGACAUUUUCUGUCAAACAUGUAAAACAUUCUGAGUUUAAGAAGUUUUGUACGAGGUACAGGCUUUUACAUGAAUGGAUCUUUAUGAUCCAAAACGUAGUUUAAACCAUCAUGAUUUUUGUAUCCUCGACAAUAAAUAAAAAUACAAUACUUUAAUGCCAAAACCUUGGAUAUA